GAGGCUGAUUCCUGGUUAAUUUUUGACCAAACUGUCAGCUGUUUCUCUGAGCUCCUCUAUAAAAACUGGAAAUCUCUCACAAGCCUUCUGCUGCAGAGAGGACAGUAAAGGUUCUGAGAUGCAUGGUAUCUUUGCUAGUUGCACUCUGGCAGCCCUGCUGCUGGCUGUGGCCCGAGCCGACCACCACCUCCACCAUGAGGGCAUGAGAUGCCAUGUUAUUUCCUCUCCCAACGCCGACUUUGCCUUUGCCCUCUACAGAAACAUAAAUGGUAGAACCGCUCCAGGAAAAAACAUCUUCAUGUCGCCCCUGGGCCUCUCCACCGCUCUGUCCAUGCUGUCCACAGGGGCCCGCGGCAAGACCCAUGCCCAGCUAUUCUCCAGCCUGGGCUACGCCGACUUAGACCAGGCACGGGUCAAUGAGGCCUACACCCACCUUUUCCAAAUGCUUGGCCAAAGCCAGCAGGAGCAGAAGCUGCACCUUGGCAACUCUGUUGCAGUGCGCAUUGACCUCAAUCCUCUGCAGGCGUACCUGACGGACAUUCAGAAUAACUACGGUGGCGAGGUCUUCAAAGUUGACUUCUCCAACCCCGCUGAAGCUGUGGGUGAGAUCAACAGACAUGUGGCCUCAAAAACCCAAGACAAGAUCAAGGAUAUUGUGAAGGACUUGGACCCUUCAAUGGCUUUGGUGCUGAUCAACUAUGUCUACUUCAGAGGACAGUGGGAGAGGCCCUUCGACAAAAACCUAACAGAGAAGGCGGACUUCCAUGUGAAUGAAAACACCAAAGUUGAGGUGGACAUGAUGAAGAAGAUGGGACGUUUUGAUUACUAUCAGGACCAUGACAACCACACCACCAUCAUCUCACUGCCCUACAAGGGCAACACAUCCAUGUUGAUUGUUCUGCCUGAUGAAAACAAGAUGGAGGUGGUUGAGGGCUUCAUCAACAAGGACUACUUGAGGCACUGGCACGACAGUCUCUACAAGAACAACCUGAACCUCUACAUGCCAAAAUUCUCCAUCUCCGUUGAAACCUCGAUGGAUGAGACUCUAAAGGAAAUGGGAAUAACGGAGGCCUACAGUGACAUGGCUGAUUUCUCUGCCAUAUCCGAAGAAAUCAAGCUUAAAGUCUCAAAGGUCUCUCACCAGGCUGUGCUGAGUGUGGAUGAAACAGGCACAGAAGCAGCCGCCGCCACCACCAUCGAAAUCAUGCCAAUGAGCCUCCCCAUCGACGUGAGGCUCAACCGACCCUUCCUGGUCUUCAUCAUCGAGCACUCGACGAGGAGUAUCAUCUUCGCAGGCAAGAUCAGCAACCCAACGGCUGCGUAAAGACUCUCGUGGCAUGUAGAGCCGCCACACGCUCAACAAGUUUCAGUGGCUUCGGGACGCCGAUUAUGAAUUCGCGAUAUUAAGUGAAUUGAAUAAAUGACAAGUGAAGGGGUGUGAAUAAGGUAAUAGACCUAUCUACAAGGAACA